UCUUCCGUUCAACCUCUCUUUGAGCUAACGCUCUUCUAGCCUUUUUUUUGUCGAUGGCAUGGUGCUAAUAGCUACGGCAGAAACACCCUUCUCCCGAUAAAAUACGACUAUUGAACUCAAUUCGAAAUUUUUACUUGAAAUAAUUUACUUAGGCGGAUUUUAUAAGUACAUGACCGCCAUUAAAUCUUUAACAUUUAAACACCCAACCUCAUUUUUUGAGGUUGCUAUUUCUGCCCCAAGGUUAGCUAGCUAGCGGGCUGACGGUAGCCGAUUAACGCUAAACUGGUGGAGCUAACGGCAACUCGGUCCCGGUCAAUAUUAACUACGUUCUGACUUCGAAGGGAAAACAGACCCGACCAGAAAUAGAGGAAUAGUAUGGCAGAAGCCGAUAAGUUGAACAUCGACUCCAUCAUACAACGUCUGCUGGAAGUGAAAGGCUCCAGACCUGGCAAAAAUGUUCAGCUGACAGAGAAUGAAAUCCGUGGCCUCUGCCUCAAAUCCCGAGAGAUCUUUCUCAGCCAGCCAAUCCUGCUCGAACUUGAGGCGCCCCUCAAGAUUUGUGGUGAUGUUCACGGGCAAUACUAUGAUCUGCUGAGGCUGUUUGAAUAUGGGGGCUUCCCACCCGAGAGCAACUACCUGUUCUUGGGGGAUUACGUUGAUAGAGGCAAGCAGUCGCUGGAGACCAUCUGCCUGUUGCUGGCUUACAAGAUCAAAUAUCCAGAAAACUUCUUUCUGCUGAGAGGAAACCAUGAGUGCGCCUCCAUUAACAGAAUAUACGGCUUCUAUGACGAGUGUAAGAGGCGGUACAACAUUAAGCUGUGGAAGACCUUCACCGACUGCUUCAACUGUUUGCCAGUCGCAGCCAUUGUUGAUGAGAAGAUCUUCUGUUGCCAUGGAGGCCUAUCCCCUGACCUCCAGUCCAUGGAGCAAGUGCGAAGGGUCAUGCGCCCCACUGAUGUGCCUGACCAGGGCCUCCUGUGCGACCUGCUUUGGGCCGACCCGGACAAAGAUGUGCUGGGCUGGGGCGAGAAUGACCGUGGUGUCUCCUUCACUUUUGGUGCUGAUGUGGUCACAAAGUUCCUACACAAACACGAUAUGGACCUCAUUUGUCGGGCCCAUCAGGUGGUUGAGGACGGAUAUGAGUUCUUUGCAAAGAGGCAGCUGGUGACGCUGUUCUCUGCUCCUAACUACUGCGGUGAGUUCGACAAUGCUGGAGCCAUGAUGAGCGUAGAUGAGACACUCAUGUGCUCGUUCCAGAUUCUCAAACCUGCAGACAAGAAGCUGUUUUAUGGAGGCGGGGGGAUGGGCUCUGGCCGCCCAGUCACUCCCCCAAGGAAAGCUAAGAAAUGACACCCGUAGUUUGCCCUCGACCUCCAGCCCAUCCCUCCUGCCCUCUCUACCUCUCUUCUCCUUUCUUUCACCAAACAGCCAGAAAUCAAACCUAUACCCAGGGCUUUUUUCCUUUUUUAUCUGUACUUCUUAAAACAUUUAAUGUUACGAAUUGUCUGAGCGAGUGUAUGGGUGCGUGUGUGAGCGGGUGAUGAACACGUCUCAUCUGCGGGUGAGCAUUAAGACCAUGUGUGCACGUGUACAUUUUGUGUGAGAGUAUUAGAGAUUUAUACUUUCCCCUCUCUCUUACCACUCUUCCCGUGGAAAAGGUUGAAACCACAGUGUCUGUCUGUACAGUAAUUUUGACUGAAAAGCAGGGUGUGGGAGACAGUGGGAGAUGCUGUAUCGAUGAAUUUAGCAGCAAACCCCUGCCAGCACGUGAUGUGUGUUUUUGUGGAGGGGGGAGUAUUUUGUUUUCCCCGUCCUCUGUACUGUAAAAUCUCAAACACAGGGUUGUGUGUGUGUGUGUUUGUGCUCAGUGUUUUGCCUGUCUGAGCGUGGCGUCUCGUAUCCUUAAACAGGAAAAGAGCGUGUCACCUUGUCUCACUAAAGCAAGCACUUUCUUACCCACACACACACGCGUGUAUGACCCUUCAGAUUCAUAUGAGCCAGAGCUGUAAAAACCCCAUACAGUUUAGGUUUGUACAGAUUUGAUUACUUGAAAGAGAUUUUUUGUGAAUUCGUUUUGUAGUCUUUCAUCAAGUUGACCAAUAAAGAAGAAAGAGAAUCUGA